CUUGAACCGGGAGGAAAAGUAAAGAAAGAAAAGAAAAGAAAAAAAAAAACCAAAGGAAGAAAGACUCUGUAACAUCUUUCCUGCACCUUUUGUACACUUUCAAUUUGGUAGAUACCUACCAAGCACCAACUACCUCCUUCACCCACCUCAUUUCAGAGUUUAGACUCUGUAACAUCUUUCCUCUCCUCUCUCUCUCUCUGGGCAACCACUAUGGCUUUCUACACAUCUUUAAUGGACAAAAUUCCAGCGUACACGGGUCUCUCUCCUGCGGCAUUCUUCACGAUACUUGCUAUGAUGGUUGCAGUUUAUCUACUGGUCUGUGGAAUGUUUGUCGACCCGGAAGAGUUGAAGAAACAUGAGAAGAAUUUAAAUCCAGUAGCAAGUUUCCCGGCCCCCAAUCCGGUUGAGUUGGGUGACAUGACGGAGGAGGAAUUGAUGACAUAUAACGGUUCGGAUUCGACGAAACCUUUAUUGAUGGCUAUUAAAGGACAAAUAUACGAUGUUACUAUGUCCAGAAUGUUUUAUGGUCCUGGAGGGCCAUAUGCCAUGUUUGCUGGGAGGGAUGCAAGUCGUGCCUUAGCUCUCAUGUCCUUUGACCCGAAAGACCUUACAGGCAACAUUGAAGGUUUGGAUCCUUCUGAGCUUGAAGUCUUACAGGACUGGGAAUACAAAUUCAUGGAAAAAUAUAAGAAGGUUGGAAAUCUUAUCACAAAAAAGGCUAGUGCUGAGGAUUCUACAAAUGGAGAUGAAAAGGAUGCAAGCAAAGAGGACCAGGCAAGAGAGAUACAGGAUCUCAGCCAAGAUUUGAACUCAUCUGCAGAAACACAAGCGGGGAAGAUGUGAAUGCGUUAGUAGGUCAUGAGUCAAAAGAGUUCUGUUUUCUGAUAAUCAUUUGCUUGGUGGUGUUCUUUGCUAGGGAAUGUUGAUUGUUAGAAAGCAGCAUCUCUUGCAAAAUAGCUUGUGCCACGAAUAUGUGCUUACUCUAUGCAACCYAGUACAUUAAUGGUAUAUAUAUUUUCCUUUGUCUA